ACAAUAUUUGAUGGCAAGUGGGCAGCUCAGCUCAGCUCUGGUCAGAUCCAGCGAUUGACGUAUAAUACAAACGCAAUCAAGUAAGAUAAGUAGGAAAAAAGAGCAAUUGGGGCGUCAACAACGACAGCAUACAUAAAAGAGGAAGUGAGGCCUUAGUUGUCCCACAAAAUGAGGGCGUUACGUUAUAUGGGCUGGCUGACUACGUGCUCGGUGUUCACGGCCUUUGUAUCGAUAAUCUGGCAGGCAUGGCUUUCGCUGCAGGCUCUCAACAAGACGACUGUGCUACUGGCCGGCCUAUUGGCCAUUGAGAGCAGUCUGAAGAGAUCAGUUUUGGAGCCGGCGCCCAGAGUUGCCAUUGGAUAUGGCGCUUGCACUGAUUUGCAAAUAAACGCCACCGAUUUCUUGGGCACAUAUUUUAGGGAGCGUGUGCCGCAGGUGCGUCCAGACUACGCUUUUGAGCAUGUGAACAACGAGGAUGAGCUGCUCCAAUCGUUUGCCUAUUAUUUUCAGAAUGGAGCGGCAGCCGAACGCAUCAUGCCCAAUACCACUCUAUUCAAACAGCUCCUAGAUUAUGCCAAGGUUAUGAACAAGGAGCACAUACACUGGUACAUGGGCGGCAAUGCGCCGCUGAUGGCCGUGCGCUUUUUUAUGGAAGGCGCAGAUGUGCUUCUGGGCGCACACAUGUCCAAAAAAUUGCGUCCACUGUUGCCGAAGGAGAUACGACUAGCCGGAGAUGAAAUACCUGACGACGAUAUACACCUAAUACUUGAGUACAAGGCCGGUGACGGUUGGGGACCCUAUGUGGCGCCUCGAGCAAAUCGGUACAUUUUACACAACGAUAGGAAUAAUCCACAUCUGAGUUCAGUGGAGCAACUAACGGAUGCCCUGAAGGUCUAUCAACCACAAUUGCUGGUGAUUAGCGGCUUGCAGAUGAUGGACAUGUUUAAGUUCAUGCCGGGAGUGAGGGAGGCACGUUUACGUCAAGUGCGAGCACAGCUUAUUCAACAGACCCGCAACACAUUGCACCACUUUGAGAUGGCCAGCUAUGUUGAGCUGAAACUAUUGGAACAGUUGCGAGAAUAUGUGCUGCCCUAUGUAGACUCGCUGGGUAUGAACGAGCAGGAGCUGGCGAACCUGCAACAGGUACUCGAGCACGGACGCACCAUGCUAGCAACAGACUGGAAUCCACGUAUAGCCAACACUCUUGACCAAAUAAGGCAGGUGUUUAUUAGUCUCGUCGAGGACUUUUACAGAAAUCGUAAGGCGGAUCCUCAGCGUCGGUUGGUAUCACGUAUUCACGUUCAUACCCUGGCUUAUCAAGUUAUUUUGAGAGUAAUGGAUUCCAAAUGGAAGAAUACUCGUGCGGCAGCCGCCAAGGCAGCACUAACGGCCCAUCGUUACGUCUGCAAAUCGCAAUUCAUCAAUCCGGAAUCAGUGUUGAAGAUUCUAGAUGACAGCUUCGCCACCUCUGCUCAGAAGCAUGCGCCGCGCAUGCGUAUGGGCGCUGCCAAUGCCGUGCCCUGUUGGAAGGAGUAUAUACAAUAUGGCGAGGAUUUGCAACGAAUUGAGGUGGAAAUAUGUGUGGCGCCGGUGUUGGUUUGUCGUGUAGCCAAGAAAACGGCUGGUGCCGGAGACAAUAUUUCCGCCUCCGGGCUGGUGGCGCAACUGUGAAGCCCGCAUUGGAUCGACGGUAUCCGUAAGACUGUUUAGUAUGUACACAAUGUAAUGCAAAAGACUCGAAUAGCUUAGACGCGAGCCCCUGCCGGCCCCCGUACCCUCAAAACAUUCCCUGUGAAACACUGUUAUAUAUACAGAUGACGACAUACACACUCGUAUAUACUCAGCAUGAUUAGCACCUUUAGUGACCUUAGAAACGCGUUACCUUUGGAACAAUUGUACACACACCUACACAACGACACUGCUCAAGGAUUGGUAGCAGAGGACUGGACGCACCCUAUACGACGAUAGGGCAAAAAAUAACGUAACAACGAACAAAA